AUGGUUCUGUCAAAAGUCUGGGGAGCGACCCUCCUCGCUGGUUUUGCGGUCGCCCAAACGUACCCUCCAGAUGUGGUUGAUCAGCUGGCGAAGGAUAGUUUGCCCAAGCUCAAAGAAUGGCUCGAGAGGAACCCACAGGAGGGAUGUACCUACGAGACGGCAGUCAAGCGGCGGGAAUGGAGGGACUUGACCGUCGAGGAACGCAAGGCAUACACGGAUGCCGUCCUCUGCCUCCAGUCGAAGCCUGCCUUGACAAGUGACCAAGCGCCGGGAGCCAAGAGCAGGUUUGACGAUUAUGUCGUCAUCCAUAUCCAACAAACACCGAGGAACCAUGGCUCGUACUGGAACUGGGAUCGAUAUGCUAAAGACCCCGCCAACUCGCCGCUCUUCGACGGCAGCGAGGGCAGCAUGGGUAGCAACGGUGCCAAGGAAGAACACCAGGGCAUUCCUAUCCCCGGUGCGCCGCCUCCGUACAACAUGAUCCCGCCCGGGGACGGCGGUGGCUGCGUGACCUCGGGCCCCUUUAAGAACAUGACCGUCAACGUCGGCCCAAUCGCGCCGACGCUGAACGUGCAGCGCAACCCGCGGGCGGACGGGCUGGGGUACAACCCACGGUGCCUGCGGCGCGACAUCAACAAGCACUCCGCGGCGGUGACGACGGCCAACUACACGUACGACCUCAUCACCAACAACCACGAGAUCUACUGGUUCCAGACGGUCAUGGAGGGCCAGUUCCCGCAAGGCAAGUGGGGAGUGCACGCGGGAGGGCACUACACCGUCUCGGGCGACCCCGCAGGCGACUUCUACGUCAGCCCCGGCGACCCCGUCUUCUGGCUGCACCACGCCAUGAUCGACCGCGUCUGGUGGAUCUGGCAGCUCCAGGACCUCGACAGCCGCCUGACCCAGGUGAGCAUGACCAAGACCAUGAACAACUUCCCCCCCAGCGAGAACGGCACCCUCGACGACCUCAGCGGCCUCGGCGUGCUCGCCCCGGACGUCACCGUCCGGGAGCUCAUGAACACCAUGGGAGGGAUCGGCGGUAAGUUUUGCUACAUCUACGAGUAA